AUGCCAGAAGGAAUGGAUAAGUUGAAAGAUCUUCGAACAUUAACAGAUUUUGUUUUGGGCGAGCAAAAUGGUUCAAGCAUUAAUGAGUUAGGAAAGCUCAAGCAUCUACAUGGAAGACUUGCCAUUUCAGGUUUAGAAAAUGUUGCCUGUGAAAGGGAUGCCAAAGAUGCCAAUUUGAAGGAUAAGAAGGACCUUAAGGAGUUGGAGUUGCUGUGGAGUUCAGGUCAUGAUAUUGAUGAUACAACACGUGAAAGAGAAAUACUUGAACAACUGGAGCCCCAUACAAACUUGGAGCGUCUUGUCAUUAGUUAUUAUGGAGGUACUGGAUUCCCGGAAUGGGUGGGGCGUUCUUCAUUCUCACAUGUGGUAUCUGUGGAGUUAAGCGGCUGUAAAUAUUGCUUGUUCUUGCCACCGCUUGGGCAAUUAUCAUCUUUGGAAUCUCUCUCUAUUUCAGGGUUUCUCAAAGUAGAAACAGUCGGUGAUGAUAAUAAUGGUUUCUACGGGCCUUGUGAUGCAUCGAGGAAACCAUUUGGAUCUCUUAAAACUUUAAUCUUUUCAGAUAUGCCGGAAUGGAAAGAAUGGAGGCUUUGCUCGAGAGAUGAUGCUUUCUCUAGUUUGCAAGAGCUAAGCAUAAUAAAGUGUGGCAAGCUAACCAAUUUUCUGCCCAAGCACCUCCCAUCUUUAACGAAACUUCGGAUUGAACGAUGUGGAAAUCUUCGUGGCUUGCUUCCUAGUGCACCAAGCAUUUGCAAACUUGAGUUAUUGGGUUGCGAUGAAUUGCAAUUGGGGUCAUUGCCUUUUGGGCUUCGAGAGUUGGAUAUUUGGAAUCCGGAUAUCAAUGAUUCCCAAAUGGAGCGGAUGAUGGAACACUGCACUCUUCUUGAAAAGUUAACUAUGUCUUAUUGUUCUAAUCUCAGAUCCUUUCCUGAAGGUAUCAGGCUGAAGCAAUUGAGAAUCUAUUUUGGUGUCUUGGAUUGUUUCAAAAUCCCCUUGUAUAAAUCCCUUGAAUCCUUGGAGAUAGAAGGCGGAAGGUGUCGUCCCCUAGAAUAUUUUCCAUUAGGAUCAUUUCCUAUGCUAAAAAGUCUUUCUUUUCAGAGUUGUGACGACUUGAAGUGGAUUGGUUCAUCAUCAGAGGGGCCUCACCACCAGCAUCUCGCAUGUCUCAAUACUUUGCGAAUCAAUAGAUGCCCUAAUUUGAUAUCUUUUGAAAUAUCUGCCACCAAUUUAAGGAGACUUAUGCUUUCAGAUUGCCAAAAUUUGAAGUCAUUGCCAAAGCAUAUGCACUCCCUUUUCCCAUCCCUGGAGCAAUUGGAAAUAUCAGAUUGUCCAGAAAUAGGGUCAUUAGCAGGAGAGGGCUUGCCCUCCAAAUUAAAAACUAUUUCUAUGAGAAGAAGUGAAAAGCUGAUUGUGAGCAUGACGAGGGGGGAAUGGAGUUUGAAGACACUCCCUUCACUUACACACCUCGUAAUCGAGAGUGAAAAAUUGGAGUGUUUUCCAGAUGAACAUCUGCUGCCCUCUUCCCUUGCUGAUCUUGACAUUUUUGGUCUUCCAAAUCUUAAGCUUUUGAACAACGAGGGCUUUCAACGCCUCACCUCUCUUCGUCGAUUGCAUAUCAGCCAUCCUUCGGAGCACGAUUACUUGAGGGGAACUAAGUUCCAUUCACUUACAGUUGCAAACGAGCCUUUUCCAGAUGAACAUCAGCUGCCCUCUUCUCUUACCGACCUGAGCAUAUCUUCUUUUCCAAAUCUUGAGCUUUUGGACGACAAGGGCUUUCAACACCUCACCUCUCUCCGCAAGUUGCAUAUCAGCCGGGAAAGGUAA